CCGCGCAAGGCAUACUUUUAUAAUUUUAUGCACAAAGGGUUGUAUAAGUCAUUAGCUCACAGUGUGAGUCUGAUGAAAUCGUGCACAAGUCUAACACCUUGAUAUUCUCCUUAUUAUUAUCAUGAGAUAUUUUUUCAGUAUGCGCAACAAUUGAUUAAAAGGCGUGUGUGGUUUAUAUAGUGGUUAUUGAUGGCAUGGGGGAGCGCACUGCUCCACAGGAGUCUAAUGAUGAUCUCCAGAUUGACAGCAUCACCGUGCAACCAGGGGCGAAGAGACGCAGGAGACGGCACGGAUCACAGCCAGCUCUGUCUCGAAAUCGAGAAGCUCAGCAACAAGUUCGACAAAAGACAGGACGACAUGUUAAAUUCGGUGCUGAAGCAAGUCAACACGGGACUAGAGCAAAACGUCGCGUUUCGGAAGCAGAACGAUGCUCUGUUAAAGCAUAAUGAUGCGUUUAAAAAACAAAACGAGGCAGGUCGGACGCACUAUCGAAGCAAAAGGCUGUUCUUCUCGAGCGUGCCAAUGUGGAUGCCAUGGCCAUUCUCGGAAUGAGAACUCAAACCAAAUACUGACUUUUCAGAAACAAGGAGUAACAAGAUGAAUGCUUUGAAUCUGGG